AUCUAUGGUCAACGGUAUGAGUGACGACCCUAACACUACGACUGCUACACCCUAAAAACUACUUUUAGUAUCAAAUUAAUAUUUUUAAUUGAUUUAUUUGGUGGUUGGUAUCAAUAUUUUAGAGAUUGGUAUAAUGUUUUUGAUAAUCAGUGUCAAUAUCGUCUAUUACUAAAAAGCGUAUAAUAUAAAAUUACUUGUUAGUUUGUUUGGGAUUUCUUGUGUUUCGUUGUAGCCAGUAUGUCUACUAAUUACACAGACUCAGUGAAUAAGUUUGGCAAAGACGGUGCUCGGGCUGCGUGUAAGAAGUGCGGUUACGUUGGGCACCUUACAUUCCAAUGCAGGAACUUCUUAAAGGUUGAUCCUAAUAAAGAGAUUGUGCUGGAUGUUAGCAGUACGAGCAGUGGUACUGAAGAGGAGGACAUUGCUACACCACUGCAGCGGCUCCAAAAAGCAGAACAGCGACAGAAGUUGCAAGAGAAGCUGCAGAAAGCCAAGAGGAAGAAGAAUAGCAAAAGUAAAAAGAGGAGGAUGUCUCGAUCACCUAGCACCUCUACAACAACUUGUUCCACCUCAACAACCAGUACAUCUACAUCAUCUACAUCAAGCAGCGAUUCAGAGAAAGAAAGCAGGAAAAGGAAACACAAGAAACAAUCUAAGAACACUCAUUCAAAGAGGGCCCUGGUCUAAUCAGCAAGUGCUUCUCAGUCAACAUUGUCUAACAGCUUUGAAAGUCUACGACUGUUCAUCAUUCAAUUUGAAAUUUAAUGUAGGUACAUGUCCUUAGAAAAAAAAGAACAGCAAAAUACCAGUCAUUGUGACUUGCUAUAAGUAAUGAGUCCAAAAUUGCAUUUGUCACAUCUAGUUUGUAAGUAAUUAUGAAUUGAGUAUUAUUAUUAUACAAAUGAUAUUAGUCAUUCUUAACUCUCAAUUCAAAAAAUGGGGUAUAAAUAUUAUAAGUUUAAUAUGGGUCUGUGUAUUCUAGUCAUUUUUAAAAUUGAAAAGAAAAAAUGUAUUACUAUAUUAUUUCUGUGAUAAAAAAUCCACUAAUUAUUUUUUAAUGGUAAUAACCUGCAAUUAUCUUUGAAAUAUUGGUGUACUUUUAUUUUUUAUUAUCCACAAUGCCCAUCAAUCGUCAUAAUGGUGUUAUUACACCAUAAAUUAUUAUUUAUUUCAUCAAUAAUUUAUAUGUUUUUUUUUUUUUUUUUUUUUUUU